GUGCAGUCCAACUUAGAGGUGUCAGUGUCAGACUCAAUUGUCAAAAAAAAAAUCCCUUCAAAACAAGCGCUAAAUUAAUUUAAACAUAAGAAAAUAAAUUAUAAUGUUUAAAAUGCUAAAGUAAUAGAAACGCGCAGUUCUCAGUAAAAUGAAAUGUCAUAUACCUGGACCGAACGUUAAAGUUCUAGGUAGAACGAUACAUGCUUUGGCAAGAUUUGGAGAUGAAUUGUAUUUGGAAUCCUUGUCCGAUUGUAUACUGUUAAGGACUCUUAAUGCUGCUGAAAGUGCUUAUGCUAUGGUAAAAUUUAAUAAGAAUUUUUUUUCUUACUUUAACUAUAACUUUUAUUCAACUGAAGAAAAUGAAGGUCUUAAAUGCAAAAUAUCAAUGAAAUCUGCAUUAAAUACUUUUAAAUCUCCUACACAUAUGGAUAAACAAGUUGAAAAUCUUGAAAUAAAACUCGAUCCAGUUUCAUGUAAAUUGAUAUUCCAACUAAAAUGCAAGCAUGGAAUAGUUAAAACACAUUAUGUGUCUAUAUUAGAUUCUAAAGCUAUGCAAGCAAUUUACACUAAAGAUCUUGUACCUAACAGGAUAACAUCAUCCCAAAGAAUGCUUACUGAAGCUCUUAGUAAUUUUCAAAAUUCAGAUGACCAGAUAACAUUGGAGGUAUCAUCUCAAUCUCUCUUAAUGCGUAACUAUAUAGACGCUAAUAUGGAUUUAUGUAAAAUAAUCAGAACUCAGAUAAAUAUCAAACCAUCUGAAUUUGAUAGUUAUAUGAUAGGAACUGAAACAAUAAUCACAUUUACUCUCAAAGAGUUCCGAGCAUUGUUAGCAUUUGCAGAAGCUCUGAGUCUACCUCUUCAAUUGCACUUUGAAGUGACAGGUAAGCCUGCAGUUUUCAUUGUACAUAAUGGAAGUACUUUUGAAGCACAUUUUGUGCUAGCAACAUCAAAACCAGAUGUGGCAACACAGGCUUCAUCACAAGCUAGCUCUCGAAUAGACAAGAAACGAAAAGAAAAUUCUAAUUCUUAUGAAGGUUCACUGAAGAAAAAACCUCACAUUGAUGCAGAAAUGACCAAAUGCUUAGAAGAUGAUUCACAUUUAUUUAAUGAUCUUGAAAUGCCAGAAGAUAUAUACACAGAAAAAGAAAUGUUAAAUGGCCAUAAUACUAGCCAGGCACAUAACAUUGAGCGAAAUAUGAACUGUGAUGAUAUUCCUGCAUCACCAACAUCUCGGAUUAAAAUAAAGUCUGUGUUUAAAAGAUGCUUUGAAAACACUUUUGAUCCAAGAAGUAUACAAGGAGUAGUUUUAGCUGAAAAUUCUGAUAGUGAUUAGUGACUAUCACUAAGCGAAUGUGUAAAUACAGAACUUUAAGUUUUAUAAUUUAACUGUUGUCUCAUUAGUGUUGAUAAACUAAAAAGCUAAUAAAAAUGAAAUAACCUUU